GUCCAGGAUCUUCAUGAACCUCUGAGGAAUAAAAUGGAAACUCUCGUAAGCUAUGGAGUCACUUACCUAAUAACGAACAAUUCAACUCUAGCAACCCUAGUUGCUGCAGUCUACGGACUCUACCUCAAAUCAUCCACGAAGCGUCUCUCUGUCCGCGCGAUUCUACUAUGUCAAUUACCGGAUUAUUCCUUGACCAAAUCAGAUAUCGACGCAUUCUUAUCUAGAUCUUAUGGGGGCGAUAGUUGCGAGUGGUCAUGUACAUGCACUAGCAUUGACGAAAACUACGAAGGACCAGCACUGAAAGCUGUUCAUAUUAGCCUCGAGCACGAAAGCAUGCUAUAUGAUGAUUCGCUUCGUGAGCUUCCAAUUCGUCAACUAUGCAGUAAGCUGGUUGGCCUGCAUACGUUCAAAGAUCAUCGCUUCCGGAUUGUACCUGAACGGGCGGGCGAGGAUCUAGAUGAUAUCGGUCGGGCUUUUGGUAGCUGUCUUGUAUUGAUGCAUUUGAAGGACAUCUAUGAAAGAUGCUCUGGCCAAGAUGCGAAUGACGAUGAACGCUACUCGGAUGAAAGGAUUCUUUCUUUUCUGCAGAAGUUCACAGACGAGUAUGGAGCAUAUAUUGAGUCUCUAUCAGAUGAAAAGGUCUUUGAGAUUCUUGGGAUUAUCGAAGAUCCAAAGUUCGGAUGGAUGCUCAGUGAGCUGAAGAAAAGGCUCAUUAGAUCUAAUCAUGCCAUCAUGAGGAAGCAAUGCCUGAUCAUGGAGUAUUUAAAGCUCGAGGUCGGUUUUCGUGAAUUGAAGUGGACAGGGCAGCCCGCUGAAGAAAAGGUUUCGCCGUUCCCAUACACCAGUAACAAGCCAAACAGGCUUUCGCAUGAUAGGAAUCAUCUUCUGAACGACCCAGCCCUCCCGGACAGGCCCGGGGUGUCGAAACAUCUUCGGAACGCCAGACUGGUAGAACAAAGGGGCAACGCACGCGGAUUGCCAAUCUAUUAUGCUUGUGAUAUCAUGGGUGUUAGGGUCCACGUAUACAUUGUCCAGAUGAAGAUCUGGGUGCCACAGGAUAUUUGA